CGCCCGCCCCUCCGCCCACACCCAAGAUGGCGGCCGCGCCUUCGCCGCCCGACCCCACUUCCGGCCUAUGCGCGCACGCGAGGCUUGCGCGUUGACGUCACGCGCGUCGAGCGUGCCGGCGUGCGUGCGGCGCCCCGCGCGCGGAGCGGGAGAAGAUGGCGGCGGGGCCGAUUUCGGAGAGGAACCAGGAUGCCACGGUGUACGUGGGGGGACUGGACGAGAAAGUCAGUGAGCCCUUGCUCUGGGAGCUUUUCCUGCAGGCCGGGCCAGUGGUCAACACACACAUGCCCAAGGACCGGGUCACGGGCCAGCACCAGGGGUACGGCUUUGUGGAGUUCCUGAGCGAGGAGGAUGCUGACUACGCCAUCAAGAUCAUGAACAUGAUCAAGCUCUAUGGGAAACCCAUCCGGGUGAACAAGGCCUCGGCCCACAACAAGAACCUGGACGUGGGCGCCAACAUCUUCAUCGGCAACCUGGACCCCGAGAUCGAUGAGAAGCUGCUCUACGACACCUUCAGCGCCUUUGGGGUCAUCCUGCAGACCCCCAAGAUCAUGCGGGACCCUGACACGGGCAACUCCAAGGGCUACGCCUUCAUCAACUUCGCCAGCUUCGACGCGUCGGACGCGGCCAUCGAGGCCAUGAACGGGCAGUACCUGUGCAACCGCCCCAUCACCGUGUCCUACGCCUUCAAGAAGGACUCCAAGGGCGAGCGGCACGGCUCGGCGGCCGAGCGGCUGCUGGCGGCCCAGAACCCCCUGUCCCAGGCCGACCGGCCCCACCAGCUCUUCGCAGACGCCCCCCCGCCCCCGUCCGUGCCCACGCCCGUGGUCACCGCGCUGGGGCCUGGGGUGACCCCCCCAGGCCUGCCUCCCCCCGGCUCCUUCCCGCCGCCGGUGCCGCCGCCUGGAGCGCUGCCCCCCGGGAUGCCCCCGGCCAUGCCCCCCCCGCCGAUGCCCCCGGGCGCCGGAGCCCCCGGACCCCCCUCAGGAGCUGCCCCCGCCGGGGGACACCCCCCGCACCCGCACCCCUUCCCGCCAGGAGGGAUGCACCACCCAGGAAUGCCGCCGAUGCAGGUGCACCACGGCCCCCCCGGGAUGGGGCAGCACCACCCAGGCCCACCGGGCUCCGGAGGGCAGCCGCCCCCCCGGCCCCCCCCGGGGAUGCCGCACCCCGGGCCCCCCCCCAUGGGGCUCCCCCCCCGGGGGCCGCACUUCGGAUCUCCGAUGGGUCACCCUGGGCCGCUGCCGCACCACGGGCUCCGCGGGCCGCCCCCGCUGAUGCCGCCCCACGGCUACAAUGGGCCCCCCCGGCCCCCCCCCUACGGCUACCAGAGGGUCCCACUGCCCCCUCGGCCGGCACAGAGACCCCCUGGAGUCCCCCCACGAGGGCCUCUGCGGGGACCCCUGCCCUGAGAGCUUGGGGCCUCUCUGCUCCCCAUCCCCAGCCUUCUACAGCCUCUUCUAUCAACAUUCCCAUUCCUGCAAAGCGCUGGGGGCUAUCCCCUGGUCCCCCCUUCUCUCCCUGUUUCUUCUCCCUAUUUCUUUUUAUAGUGUUAAUUUUCCUCACUCUCCCCACCUCCUCCUGUUUCUCAUCCCCGGAAGCUUUUCCAAGUUCCUUUUUACUGGAUUUGUUGGUUUUGUCUGGAAAGCAGUGGCGACCCACUUGCAAAUAAAGGAUUUGGGAACCAAAAGGGUCCCCAGAUUGAGGAUGA